CAUUUAUUUAAUAGUAGUUAGUAGAUAUGGAGGAAGACGCCUUUGCAGCCAUUACAGAUGAGACUAAGAGACAACAAGCUGAGAAAGCUAAAGAGAAAGGAGAUGGCAUUUUUGCCUUUGCUAAUAGUGAUGGAUGGGAGAAGUAUGAUGAGAAGGAUGGUAUCACUGUCUAUACUAUGAAAUCUGAGUCUGGGUUGAACUGUGUUAAAGGAGAAGGAGUUCUAAACUUCAAUUCUAAUGUGAUCGAAGAUUUUGCUUUCCAAUCUGAGACUAAACCAAAAUGCGAUGAUGGGUGUGAGGAAUCAUCUAUAAUUGAAUCCUUUGGAGAUGACAUCAAAUUUGAAUAUCUCAGAUACAAGGGAAAACUUCUUGUUAGCGGAAGGGAUUUCGUUAAUGUAUCAGUCAAAUAUGUUGAUAGUGAGGGUAGAAGCAUUAUCUCCGCAUACUCUGUUCCCCACCCUGACAAACCAGAGCAAGAUGGAUAUGUCAGAGGUGACGUAAAAACUGCCGGAUGGAUUAUCACCCCAGACAAGGAUAAUGAAGACAAAUCUCAUGUUGUGUAUGUUACCGAAAUCGAUUUUGCAGGAAGUCUUCCAACUGCUCUAGUAAACAGUGUAAACACCAAGCAAGGCUUCUUCAUCGCCAAACUUGCAGAAGAACUAAAGAAAGAGUUUGAGUAA